AUGCCUGGAAUAGUGAAGUCAACCGCGAAACGAGUCCUCGCUGACUCAAGCAAAGCCGUCCAAAAUGGAGUCACUGUCAAGUCCCCUCAAUCUGCGAAAAAGCGCAAGCUCAACAACGAUGCUCCCUCCUUCAGCUCAUCGCAGGCUGGUCCCAACGGACUUAAGGGCAAAUAUGGGUCCAGUCAGCCAAAGAGCCAAUUUGAGUCGGAGGUCUUGGAGAGGAUGACCCAGGACAUUCAUGGCUUGAAACAGACAAAUGCAGAGAAAGAUCAGCAGUGGCAGCGGCCGGGGCUCGAUGACUUCGAUGAGAAGAGAGACAGUCUUUGCUUCCAGCAAAUCGAGUGUGAGGAGGGUACGCUGCAUGGUGGCAAGACAGUUUUAAAGCUGUUUGGUGUGACGGAGACAGGUCAUUCUGUGCUCUUGCAUGUCACUGAUUUCCUACAUUAUCUCUAUGUUGCGGCGCCGACGAGCUUUGUGAGGACGGAUUGCGAACCAUUCAAGGCGUACCUCGAAACGAAGCUGGCACAAAAUUCACCUGCCAUCCAUUCAGUCCAGAUCGUAAUGAGAGAAAAUUUGUUUGGCUUUCAGGGCAAUCAGAAAAAUCCAUAUCUCAAAAUAACAGUCACAGAUCCAAAGUACAUCAACAAAUUGAGAACUACAAUAGAAAAUGGAACCGGAAACUACAAACGCAUGUGGAAAAAUGUGGAAGGGGGACUCAUGACUUUUGACAGCAUUCAGUAUGUGUUGAGGUUCAUGAUUGAUACGGGAAUCUCUGGAAUGUCCUGGGUAGAGGUUCCUCCACAGAAAUAUACAGUCAUGCCCCAACGGGACCGUUUGUCGAACUGCCAAAUCGAAGCAUUCGUCCAUUAUCGCGAUCUGAUAGCCCACAGCAAUGACGGAGAAUGGGCCAAAAUGGCGCCUUUACGGAUACUGUCUUUUGAUAUCGAAUGCGCUGGUCGGAAAGGGGUUUUCCCAGAGGCAAAUCAAGACCCCGUCAUCCAGAUCGCAAAUGUGGUGACAAGAUAUGGAGAAUCCAAACCCUUUAUCCGCAACGUUUUUGUCCUUGACACUUGCAGUCUGAUAGUAAACACUCAAAUCCUCCCCUUUGACGCCGAAGAAAAGAUGCUUAUGGCGUGGAAGGAUUUCCUCGAAGAGGCGGAUCCUGACGUUAUUAUUGGUUACAAUAUCGCCAACUUCGACUUUCCGUAUUUACUGGAUCGAGCGAAGCAUUUGAAAUUGCAGAAGUUUCCGUAUUGGACCAGAUUGAAGAACGUUCAGUCUAGUGCGAAAGAAACCAAUUUCUCCAGCAAGCAGAUGGGCAAUCGAGAUACCAAGGCCACAAACACCAACGGAAGAAUUCAACUUGAUCUGUUGCAGCUAGUACAGCGAGACCAUCAGUUGAGGAGCUAUACGCUGAACUCUGUUUGCGCGCAUUUUUUGGGAGAGCAAAAAGAAGAUGUGCAUCAUACCAUGAUCACCGAGCUGUACAACGGAACACCAGACUCAAGAAGAAGAUUGGCAGUAUACUGCCUGAAGGAUGCAUAUCUUCCCCAGCGGCUGAUGGACAAACUGAUGUGUCUCGUCAACUAUACAGAAAUGGCAAGAGUCACAGGAGUGCCAUUUAACUACUUGCUUGCAAGAGGUCAACAAGUCAAAUUCAUCAGUCAGCUGUUCCGAAAAGCUCUCGAACAACAACUGGUCAUACCAAAUCUUCGAAACGAAGCAACUGAUGAGCAAUACGAAGGUGCCACUGUUAUCGAACCCAUUCGUGGUUAUUAUGAUGUACCUGUCGCAACCCUGGAUUUCGCGUCUCUAUACCCAAGUAUCAUCCAAGCUCACAACCUCUGCUACACCACCCUGCUCAACAAGACCAGUGUCGAGAAGCUCCAUCUCAAAAAGGAUGAGGACUACAUCGUCACGCCGAAUGGUGAUAUGUUUUGCAAAUCGCAUAUUCGGAAAGGUCUUCUCACCCAGAUUCUCGAAGAGCUUCUUGGUGCUCGAAAACGGGCCAAGAAAGAACUCGCGGUGGAGACGGAUCCUUUCAAGAAAGCUGUACUCAAUGGUCGACAGCUUGCCUUAAAAGUCAGCGCCAAUUCGGUCUAUGGUAUUACAGGAGCAACAGUAGGCAAGUUGCCCUGCCUUGCCAUCGCCUCAAGUACAACUUCAUACGGUCGACAAAUGAUUGAGAAAACCAAGGAAGAAGUUGAAAGCAAAUAUACCAUCGCGAAUGGCUACUCUCACGACGCUCAAGUUAUCUACGGCGACACUGACUCUGUGAUGGUCAAGUUUGGCGAAAAGGAGCUGCAGAAGACCAUGGAACUUGGUCAAGAAGCGGCAGCAUAUGUCUCCUCCAAGUUCAUCACGCCCAUCAAACUCGAAUUCGAAAAAGUCUACUUCCCCUACCUCCUGAUCAACAAAAAACGCUACGCCGGCCUGUACUGGACCAACCCAGACAAAUAUGACAAAAUGGACAGCAAAGGUAUCGAAACCGUACGCCGUGACAACUGCCGGCUCGUGCAAACCGUGAUUGAGACCGUGCUCCGCAAAAUCCUCAUCGACCGCGACCUCGACGGCGCCCAAGACUACGUCAAAGAAACCAUCUCCUCGUUGUUACAGAACAAGAUCGACCUCUCGGUGCUCGUCAUCACCAAAGCCCUGUCCAAAUCCGACUACACCGCCAAACAAGCGCACGUCGAACUGGCGGAACGGAUGCGAAAACGCGACGCGGGCUCCGCCCCUACGCUGGGAGACCGCGUGGCCUACGUGAUCGUCAAGGGGGCGGGCGGAUCGAAAAACUACGAGAGAUCAGAAGAUCCGAUCUUCGUGCUGGAAAACAACGUGCCGAUCGACACGAAAUACUACCUGGACAACCAGCUGGCGAACCCGCUGGGGCGCAUCUUCGAACCGAUCCUGGGGGAGAAGAAAGCGGCGUCGCUGCUGUCGGGCGACCACACGCGCUCCAUCUCGGUGGCGGCGCCGACGCUGGGCGGGCUCAUGAAGUUCGCCAAGAAGACCCUGACGUGCAUGGGCUGCAAGAAGCCGCUGGGGGCGUCGGACGAGAAGGCCGGCGCCGUGUGCGAGAACUGUCGCCCCCGCCUCGGCGAGCUCUACACCAAACAGCUCAACCGCGUCAGCGAGCUCGAGGUCCGCUUCGCCCGCCUCUGGACCCAGUGUCAGCGCUGCCAGGGCAGCAUGCACUCCGAGGUCCUCUGUAGUUCUCGCGAUUGUCCCAUCUUCUACAUGCGCAUGAAGGCGAGGAAGGAGGUCGAGGAGGGGGAGAGGGAGUUGGGCAGGUUUGAUGGCGAUGUCGGGGUUUGGUAG